AUGCAUCUUCAAAGUUGUAUCGCUACGGCGGCCGCCGCCUUGGCCAUGCUCCCCUGCGUGAUCGCUGCAGGCCCUAGCGGAGUCAAGGCCGAAUCCUCCGUCCGGAACCCUAAAUACGGAGAUCAUUGCGAGCUCACUGCCUGCCAGGCCACGUGGACGGGCGGUAGUAAAUCAGAGCCGUGCCCACCCAAGAACAUUAAUGUCGACGCGAGAAAGGUGAUACAGCAACAUGAAUUUGAAUCUGAAUCUGACACAUGGUGGAAGAGAGAUAUAUAG